UUUUCUCCGCCGGGUGGGCGCAGUCUCGGGGGCAGGUUGCGGCGCUCCUCCGGGCUGGGCCGCCUUCCCUCCCGGCUCAGGUCCUCGGGCAGCCGUGGACACAAAGUGGCCGCUGGCGGUCCGUCCCAUCCCACCUCGCCCACCCUUCCCGGCCUCCUCGCCCCGGCGCCCCUCGGGCGGGACAGCCCCGCGCUUGGGCUUUCCUCCUCUCCCCCUCCGGUGCGCCCCUGCGCCGGGAUCGCGGCGGAAACCUCCCUCCCCUUUCGCCUCCGCCGGCUCCUUGCCCUCGCCCCUCCUCCGCCAGCCCCUGGAAUCAGUUCCGUGGGGAAUCGGGGCUUCGCCACCGCGAGGGACAGCCUUUCCGCGCGGGACUCUGGGGCACGGCGCGGGCCAUGUAAGCAGACGCACUACUUUGGCCUUUGGUUUCUCAGCAAGAGCCAGCAAGCACGAUGGGUGGAGCUGGAGAAACCUCUGAAGAAACAUCUGGACAAAUUCGCUAAUGAGCCUCUGCUCUUCUUCGGAGUCAUGUUCUAUGUGCCAAAUGUGUCAUGGCUUCAGCAAGAGGCCACAAGAUAUCAGUAUUACCUGCAAGUCAAAAAAGAUGUCCUGGAAGGGCGCCUACGGUGUACAUUGGAGCAGGUGAUACGACUAGCUGGCUUAGCUGUACAAGCUGAUUUUGGAGAUUAUCAUCAGUUCGAUUCUCAAGAUUUCCUCAGAGAGUAUGUGCUAUUUCCUAUGGAUUUGGCCCUGGAAGAGGCUGUUCUGGAGGAGCUGACCCAGAAGGUAGCCCAAGAACACAAAGCCCACAGUGGAAUCCUUCCUGCAGAAGCUGAGCUUAUGUACAUCAACGAAGUGGAACGUUUGGAUGGAUUUGGACAGGAAAUCUUCCCCGUGAAGGACAAUCAUGGAAACAGUGUGCAUCUUGGCAUUUUCUUUAUGGGAAUUUUCGUGAGAAACAGAAUUGGAAGACAAGCAGUAAUAUACAGGUGGAAUGACAUGGGGAAUAUCACUCAUAACAAGUCAACCAUCCUGGUGGAGCUCAUCAACAAGGAAGAGACUGCCCUCUUUCACACGGAUGAUAUCGAAAAUGCCAAGUAUAUUUCUCGGUUGUUUGCUACACGGCACAAGUUUUACAAACAAAACAAAAUCUGCACUGAACAGUCAAAUUCUCCACCCCCCAUCAGACGCCAGCCCACCUGGAGCCGGUCCUCUCUGCCCAGGCAGCAGCCGUACAUCCUGCCUCCCGUGCAUGUCCAGUGUGGUGAGCACUACUCGGAAACACACACCUCCCAAGACAGCAUUUUCCAUGGAAACGAAGAAGCCUUUUAUUGCAACUCUCACAACAGCUUGGACUUAAACUACUUAAAUGGCACCGUCACCAAUGGCAGCGUGUGUAGCGUUCACAGUGUCAACUCCCUCAGCUGCUCACAGAGUUUCAUCCAGGCCUCCCCGGUAUCCUCCAACCUCAGUAUCCCAGGGAGUGACAUCAUGCGGGCUGACUAUAUCCCUAGCCACCGUCACAGCGCCAUCAUUGUGCCCUCUUACAGGCCGACCCCCGAUUAUGAGACAGUCAUGCGGCAAAUGAAAAGGGGGAUAAUGCACGCGGACAGCCAGAGCCAGUCUCUGAGAAAUCUCAACAUCAUCAACACGCAUGCCUACAACCAGCCAGAGAAUCUGGUGUACAGCCAACCAGAGAUGCGGGAGAGACACCCCUACACUGCUCCCUAUGGGCCCCAGGGGGGCUAUAGCAACAAACUGGUCAGUCCAUCUGACCCGAUGAACCCGAAGAAUAACGUGGUGCCCAGCAAGCCAGGGGCAAGUGCCAUCUCACACACGGUGAGCACCCCGGAGUUGGCCAACAUGCAGCUGCAAGGCACCCAGAACUACAGCGCGGCCCAUAUGCUCAAGAACUAUCUCUUCAGGCCUCCGCCCCCCUACCCACGGCCACGCCCUGCCACCAGCACCCCCGACCUCGCCAGCCAUCGCCACAGGUACGUCAGCGGCAGUAGCCCGGACCUGGUGACCCGGAAGGUGCAGCUCUCGGUGAAGACCUUCCAGGAGGACAGCUCUCCAGUGGUGCACCAGUCUCUCCAGGAGGUGAGCGAGCCCCUCACGGCCACCAAGCACCACGGCACGGUGAACAAGCGCCACAGCCUGGAGGUGAUGAACAGCAUGGUGCGAGGAAUGGAGGCCAUGACGCUCCAGUCGCUCCACCUCCCCAUGGCUCGCCGCAGCACCUUCCGGGAGCAGGGCCCGCCAGAGGGGGCGCCGGGCAGCCACGAGGUUCCCCAGCUUCCUCAGUAUCACCACAAGAAGACUUUCUCCGAUGCCACCAUGCUGAUCCACAGCAGUGAGAGCGAGGAGGAGGAGGAGGCUCCAGAGUCGGUACCCCAGAUCCCCGUGCUCCGGGAGAAGAUGGAGUACAGCGCCCAGCUGCAGGCAGCCCUGGCCCGCAUUCCCAACAAGCCCCCGCCCGAGUACCCCGGGCCCAGGAAGAGUGUGAGCAACGGGGCGCUGAGGCAGGAGCAGGCCGGCCUUCCUCCUGCUGUGGCCAGAGCCAGGGUGCUGAGGCAUGGGCCGGCCAAGGCCAUCAGCGUGUCCCGAGCCGACCCUCAGGCGGUCAACGGGGCCUCUCUCGGCCCAUCCAUCUCCGAGCCCGACCUGACCAGCGUGAAGGAACGGGUCAAGAAAGAGCCUGUGAAGGAGAGACCCGUGUCCGAGAUGUUCUCCCUGGAGGACAGCAUUAUAGAGAGGGAGAUGAUGAUCAGGAAUCUAGAAAAGCAGAAGAUGGCAGGCCUGGAGGCACAGAAGAGGCCGCUGAUGUUGGCAGCGCUGAACGGGCUCUCAGUGGCUCGAGUCACAGGGCGGGAGGAGAGUCGAGUUGAUGCCACCAGAGUUCCCAUGGACGAGAGGUUCAGAACCCUGAAGAAGAAGCUAGAAGAGGGAAUGGUAUUCACAGAAUAUGAGCAAAUUCCAAAGAAGAAGGCAAAUGGCAUUUUCAGCACAGCAGCUCUGCCAGAAAAUGCUGAACGCAGUCGAAUCCGUGAAGUUGUCCCCUAUGAGGAGAAUCGUGUAGAGCUGAUACCAACCAAAGAAAAUAACACAGGAUACAUUAACGCCUCCCAUAUCAAGGUGAUGGUUGGUGGGGCAGAAUGGCACUACAUUGCCACCCAGGGGCCCCUACCACACACAUGCCACGACUUCUGGCAGAUGGUGUGGGAGCAGGGCGUGAAUGUGAUUGCCAUGGUCACCGCAGAGGAGGAGGGCGGACGAACCAAAAGCCAUCGAUAUUGGCCCAAACUGGGUUCCAAGCACAGCUCAGCCACCUAUGGCAAGUUCAAGGUCACCACAAAGUUCCGAACAGAUUCUGGUUGUUAUGCAACCACAGGCUUGAAGGUCAAGCACCUUUUGUCUGGGCAAGAAAGGACGGUGUGGCAUUUGCAAUAUACUGACUGGCCGGAUCAUGGCUGCCCAGAGGACGUCCAAGGAUUUUUGUCCUACUUGGAGGAGAUCCAGUCAGUCCGUCGCCAUACCAACAGCAUGCUGGAAGGCACCAAGAACCGGCACCCUCCCAUCGUGGUCCACUGUAGUGCUGGGGUUGGAAGGACCGGUGUGGUCAUUCUGUCUGAGCUGAUGAUCUACUGCCUGGAGCAUAAUGAAAAGGUGGAAGUGCCCGUGAUGCUGAGGCUCCUCCGGGAGCAGAGGAUGUUCAUGAUCCAGACCAUCGCCCAGUACAAGUUUGUCUACCAAGUCCUCAUCCAGUUUCUCCAAAACUCCAGACUCAUUUGAUCUCCCCGAUCCAGCUCCUGGAGGAGGAACCCAGCUCCAUCAUGCAGGUGGCAAGCCACCUCCAGACAACAUCUGCCCCCCCUGUGGGGGGCGGGCAGCUGGCAACAGGCAGGCCUUGGCUCCCUAAAGUCAGGAGCCAAGGUUAUUCACACACACCAUGUAUUAUUUUAUAUGAGAUAAUUUAUUUUUUCCCCUUUGGAAUAACUUUUGUGAAUUAUUAUAAUGCAGUUUUCGCAAUAAUAUAGUACUUUUCAUUUGAACCAUAUUUUGACUGAUCUGCAUUGUAAUACGGUCAGUAGAGAAGGUCGCCUGGUGGAUCAUUUUUGGGACAGAGGCAUAAGGGAAUACAUCUCUAAUGAAGUCGUAGCCAGAUUUGUAACCAACCCUGAAACCUAUCAGCUUGAUUCAUUCAUCGUUCAUUGCUUAUGUCCAAAUCAAAGAUGGCAAGA